GCUGGAUUGCCUGCUGGAUUGCCUGCUUGAUUGCUUGGGCACUCGGGGCUGACGCCUGCCGCGGAGGGGGACGUUCUCGCUGCUGCUCUCGCUGCUGCUCUCGCUGUGCUCUCUCGCCGGGCGCACUCGCGGCUCUGGAUCCUCUCAUCUCCCGCCUCCCCGCCCGCUCCUCGCCGCGCUGUCUCUGUGCGCGCAGCAGCUCAUCCGCCUCGCUGCUUCUCGCGCCCUCCUCGGCCGAAUCAUUGCGGGUCUUGCUCUGUCCGGCAACACAGACAACGCUCCCCCGCCCCGCCGCCCGCAACCAACCCUUCCGCUUCGGCCGAGGACCGCACGCGUUCGACCUUUUUUCCUCCGGGGUCUGCCUCUUCUGCGUCUGCCUCUUCUUCCCAUCCAGGGCUCGACUCUUUCCUACGCACUCUCCAUCUCCAUCUCCAUCUCCGUACCCACCCGUCCUCACCAUGCAAAAGCAGUCCAAGAGGGACGACGAGGGCUACACCAUCGCCCGUGGCACCAUGCCCACCCGCAACCGUUGCGCUACGGGCCCCAGCAACGCCGUCUACCAAAAUCCGCUGUGGAAGCCUUCUCCCGAGGCUCUCAACUUGUGGAAGACCUAUGCCGAGGAGCGCCAAAAGACCGACAUCACUAGCAUCCAGCGAGCUGUGUGCACGCACGCCACAAAGACUCUGGCCCGCAGCUCCUUCAACAUGGACGACUUUGCUGCCUACCAGGCGGCCGCCUACAGCGUCCGUGACUACCUGAUCGACCACUGGAACCUGACCCAGCAGUACCACGGCAGCAAGGACCCCAAGAGAGUCUACUAUCUCUCGCUCGAAAUGAAGGACAGCUACAAGCAGGCCCUGCUCGGCAUUGGCUUCCGAGUCGAAGACAUCAUCAACGAGGAGGUCGAUGCUGCCCUCGGCAACGGCGGUCUCGGCCGUCUUGCCGCCUGCUUCAUGGACUCGCUCGCUACCCUCGACUACCCCGUACGCUACGGCAUUCGAUACACCUACGGUAUCUUCCAGCAGCGCAUCAUUGACGGAUACCAGGCUGAGUUCCCUGACUACUGGCUCAACUUUGGCAACCCCUGGGAGAUCCAGCGACUCGAUGUCUCCUACGACGUCCGUUUCCACGGCUACGUCAACAAGACUGUGGACACUCAGGGACACGCCCGAUACAACUGGGAGGGUGGAGACAAAGUCGUCGCCGUUGCCUACGACUAUCCCAUUCCCGGAUUCGACACCAACAACACCAUCAACAUCCGUCUCUGGAGCUCCAAGCCCAAGAAGGAGUUUGACUUUGGUCUCUUCAACGAAGGCAACUACGACAAAUCCGUCGAGGAGCAGAAGGGUGCCGAGAACAUCACCUCGGUCCUGUAUCCCAACGACAACCACAUGGUUGGAAAGGUCCUGCGUCUCAAGCAGCAGUACUUCUUCGUCUGUGCUACCCUGAAGGACAUCAUCCGCCGCUUCAGAAAGUCCCUGCGACCCUGGUCCGAAUUCCCUGACCAAGUCUCGAUCCAGCUCAACGGUAAGCAGCCGUCCAUGGUUAUCGCCGAGUUGAUGCGCCUCUUGAUCGACGAAGAGGGUCUUUCCUGGGACGAUGCCUGGGAUACUACGUACUCGUUCACCAACCACACGGUGCUGCCCGAGGCUCUUGAGCGCUGGGCCGUCCCUCUUCUCCAGGACCUCCUACCUCGCCACAUGAUGAUCAUCUUCGAUAUCAACCUGUUCUUCCUGCAAGCUGUCGAGCGCAAGUACCCUGGCGACCGCGAAAGACUGCGCCGCAUGUCGAUCAUCGAGGAGGGCCACCCCCAGUACGUCCGCAUGGCCUUCCUGGCUGUCGUCGGUUCGCACACUGUCAACGGUGUCGCCGCCCUUCACUCGAACCUCAUCAAGUCCACGAUCUUCAAGGACUUUGUCGAGUUCUACGGCGAUAAGAAGUUCACCAACGUCACCAACGGCAUCACUCCCCGACGCUGGCUCCACCAAGCCAACCCCAAGCUCAGCGAUCUGAUUUCUGAGGUUCUAGGUGGCUCUGGUUGGAUCAAGGAUCUCGCCCAGCUCACUCGUCUCAAGGCGCACGCUGACGACCCUACCUUCCAGAAGCGUUGGAUGGACAUCAAGUACCAAAACAAGGCUCGCUUGGCCGACUACAUCUCCAAGCACUGUGGCACGACCGUGUCUGUCGAUGCUCUCUUUGAUGUCCAGUGCAAGCGCUUCCACGAGUACAAGCGCCAGUUCAUGAACAUCAUGUCAGUCAUCUACCGCUACAUCCAACUCCAGAAAAUGACCCCCCAAGAGCGCGAGAAGGAGGUGCCUCGUGUUGUCAUCUUCUCGGGCAAGUCCGCUCCAGGCUACUAUGUCGCCAAGUUGAUGAUCAAGCUGAUCAACAAUGCCGCCGAGGUCAUCAACAAGGACUCUGCCACCAGCAAAUAUCUGAAGCUGAUCUUCAUCCCCAACUACAACGUCUCUCUGGCCGAGUUGAUCAUCCCCGCCAGCGAUAUCUCGCAGCACAUCUCGACGGCCGGAACUGAGGCCUCUGGCACCUCUAACAUGAAAUUCGUGCUUAACGGAGGUAUCAUCCUCGGAACCGUCGACGGUGCCAACAUCGAGAUUGCCGAAGAAGUUGGAGACGAGAACAUUUGGCUCUUUGGUGCCCUCGCUGAUGAGGUCGAAGACUGCCGAUAUGAUCAGACCUACCACCGCAUCGCCAUGCACCCCAAGCUCGACGCAGUCUGCAAGAACAUCCGAUCGGGUGCCUACGGCGAUGCCAACAUCUUUGAUCCUCUCUUGAACACCCUCAACCACGACUACUACCUGCUCAGCCGCGACUUUGGCUCUUACAUCGAUACUCAGGCCCAGAUUGAUUUGGCCUUCAAGGACAAGGCCAGGUGGGCCAAGAGAUCCAUCAUGGCCACCGCGGGCAUGGGCAAGUUCAGCAGUGACCGCUCGAUCCAGGAGUAUGCCGAGAAGAUCUGGAGAAUCGCCCCACUCCGUCCCCCCAGCGCCUAAACGCUUCGGACGGGCUGCACUCUGGUCCUCUCUGGCUCUCGAAAGCCGCCGAAGGAGCCUUGAGUGUCCCGGCUGUUUGUUCCGAUUCAACAUUUGAUCUCUUUUUCUUUCCUUUCUUACCUCUUCCUCCCUCCUCUGUGCGAUUUCCUCUCGUGUCGACGGGACUGGAUCACUCCCGUGGCUCGUCGGCUUUUCCGCGAGCGCUUCGAACCCGCACCAUUCCCCCUCCCUUCCUCUCUCUCUCUUCUUUCCUUUCUCCCUCUCUCCCGCUGCCGAUGCUAUGUGACCCUUGCGGCGGCGGUAUCUGCCGGGCCGGUGGAGUCGCAUCCACGCGAUAUUUGGUUUCUUGUGAGUUUGUGUUGAAACAGAAGAUAAAGCACAUACUGUCUGGUCAUGGA